UUACCAGAGUAUAGAUUGGUGGAAUUUAGUCUCAUGAAUACCUCCAAAGCGGUUGAUAGAAACCCAAAUGGCCAUGAGGAGCGGCUUUCUGCGGAUGAGAAGGUUGGGAAGGCCUUCUCUCGCCCCGCGUCUCAUGCCGCAGCCACCUGCUCUCACGAUCCCAAACAAUACUCCAACCAGCGGGAUCGUAUACCACAGCUUAUUCUUGCUAUGGCGGCUCUGCGCCUAGAAAACAACAAGAUUGAGGAGAUGAUAAAAAGAGAAUACGAGGUUCUUGAUCCAAUAAGGAUAGCUGGAGGGUCCGAACAUGCGGAUGGUCUGUAUAGCGAGUACGUAGUUGUGGAUGAGUGA